AAACUUCUGGCAUUUUAGAGAAAAAGUUAAAGAACCUUGGAGGACGAUGCGAUUGCUGGAAGGUAUUGCGUUUAUGCGCUCACACCGCGACAGUUCCAUCAUUGCCGUAGCGUUAAAUAACUACACAAUUUUAGUAAUUGAUUUAGAUACCAAAGGAAUCAUACGCAAAUUUGAAGGUCAUAGCGCCAAACUAAAUGAUUUGACUUUUAGUCCCGAUAGUCGUUGGAUUAUUUCAGCUUCAAUGGAUGCAACUAUUAAGGUGUGGGACCUGCCUUCCUCAUAUAUGAUUGAUCAGUUUCGUGUAGAGAAACCUUGUGUAUCAAUCACCAUGUCACCAACCGGCGAUUUCUUAGCUACUGCGCAUGUCGGUUAUUUGGGAAUUUAUUUGUGGGCAAACAGAACGCUCUUUAACCGAGUACCAUUGCAUUCUACUAACCCCCGUUUCGGUGCUCCCUUGGUCGAAGAUCCAUCGAAUCUAGGUAUCGAAACGACAAAAGUGGACAAGGCCGUAAAUGCACAUGAUCUUAUAUCUAACCAAGAAGAGAAUUUGGAACAAAUCGACUUUGUGUACCUUACACCGCAGCAGUUGUCGAAGAAUACAAUUUCUGUCUCUAAUCUGCCUGCGCUGAAAUGGCAAAAUCUAUUCGAUUUGGACAUCAUUAAGAGACAUAACAGACCUAAAUGUCCACCAAACGUUAUCAAGCUGGCCCCUUUCUUUAUACCGACUCUAUCCGGGCUUGAGAUGGAGUACGAUGUUAGUACGGACAAAAGAAGUGUCGGAAGAAGAAGUUGA